AUGCGCUUUAGUCUCGUCACCUGCAAACCGCAGGUUGCAUUUUGUAAGCCUGAAAAUAUACAUGCUCACAAUGAUGGAAAAAAUGCAUUUUUAGAGUUAGGAUUUAAUAAUUGGAAGAAAGUAAAUAAUGGAGUGAAUUGUACAUUUGUAUGUCACGAGGGUUCUAUUUCUAAUUCUCCCCAUAAUUUAUGUGUGAAAUCUUGUGAUGAUUUAUUGGCUCAAUCUAAGCAUAUAGACAAAGUUCUUGAUAAGCAUAGUGAUGAAACUAUUGCAAAUAACCGCUUAAGGUUGAAGACAUAUAUUGAUGCUAUUCGAUGGCUUGCAUUUCAAGCAUGUGCAUUUAGAGGCGACGAUGAAAGUCCUGGAUCUUUGAAUAGGGAAAAUUUUAUUGAGUUAAUUAAGCUUUUAGCUUCAUGUAAUCAGAAUGUUAAUAAUAUUGUCCUUGAAAAUGCUCCUGGAAAUGCUCAAUAUAUAUCUCCCGGUGUUCAAAAAGAUAUAUUGCAUAUCUUUGCUAGAAAAGUGCGUGCAACAAUUCGAGAAGAAACUGGUGAUUCUAAAUUUUGUAUAAUUAUUGAUAAAGCAAUAGAUGAGUCAAAGCGAGAACAAAUAUCUGUGGUUUUGAAAUUUGUAGACAAGCACGAUUGUGUUCAAGAAAGAUUUUUUGAUCUUAUACAUGUUUCUGAUACGUGUUCUUUGACAUUGAAAACAGAAAUUUCAUCAGUUCUUUCUCGUCAUAAUCUUGAUGUUCAAAAUCUUAGGGGACAAGGAUACGAUGGAGCUACACUUGUUUCUGCAGCCAAAGAAGUUUGUUAUGUUCAUCAAUUCUUUUCCAAACUUACACUAAUUGUGAAUGUUGUGACUAUUUCUCCUAAACGUCAUCAUCAGUUAAGGAUUGCUCAAGCAAAUAAUGUUGCAAACUUAAUUUCUGAUGAUCAAAUUGUGAUAGGUAGUGGACUUAAUCAAAUUGGUACUUUGCAAAGAGCUGGAGAUACUAGAUGUAGGUCUCAUUUGAAUUCUGUACGUAGCUUGCUAUGCAUGUUUGAUGCUACUUAUGAAGUUCUUGAAAAAAGCACUGAAGAAGGUAAUUUCUCCACUCGUGGUGAUGCUAGUGCUGCUUCUGAUGCUAUCACAUCUUUUGAAUUUGUCUUUGUUUUGCAUUUGAUGAGAAAUAUUUUGGAAGUCAGUCAUGAUCUUUGUCAAGCUUUGCAACGAAAAAAUCAAGACAUAUUUAAUGUUUUAACUCUGAUUUCUACUACCAAGACUUUAAUCCAACGAAUGAGAGAAUCAAGUUGGGAGGCUUCAUAA